AUGAUUAAAUCCUAUUUCAUUCAUAUUUUUUCUGUAAUUCUACUCCUCGAAUUUCAAUUAUUCGAGUCAAGCUACCAUGAUUACACCGACGCGUUGUCUAAAUCCAUACUCUUCUUCGAAGGGCAGCGAUCGGGGUACCUUCCACAGGACCAACGAAUUACAUGGCGAGGAAAUUCCGGCCUCGGCGAUGGGUGGAUGGUUAAUACAGACUUGACCGGCGGUUAUUAUGACGCCGGAGAUAAUGUCAAAUUUGGGUUUCCGAUGGCAUUUACGACCACAAUGCUUUCUUGGAGUGUGAUUGAUUUUGGGGAAAACAUGCCGGCGUCAGAGCUGAGAAAUGUUUUAGUUGCGAUUAAAUGGGCGACGGAUUAUCUUCUCAAAACUGUUUCUCAACCAAACCGCAUUUUUGUUCAGGUUGGUGAUCCAAAUAUAGACCAUAACUGCUGGGAAAGGUCAGAAGAUAUGGACACUGCUCGAACUGUGUACACGGUUGAUGCUCCAAAUCCGGCCUCUGAUGUUGCUGGUGAGAUUGCUGCUGCUUUGGCUGCUUCGUCCAUCGCAUUUAGGUCGUCUGAUCCAGGUUACGCUGAGACACUACUGCAAACUUCCAAGAGGGUAUUCGAUUUUGCAGAUAGUUAUCGUGGGGCUUAUAGUGAUAAUUUGAAUAUCAGGGAUGGUGUCUGCCCAUUUUACUGCGAUUUUGAUGGAUAUCAAGAUGAAUUACUGUGGGGAGCGGCUUGGCUAAGAAGAGCCUCUCAGGAUGAUUCUUACCUCAAUUACCUACAAAACAAUGGCAAAACCUUUGGUGCUGAUGAGAAUAUUAAUGAGUUCGGGUGGGACAACAAACAUGCUGGUCUUAAUGUUCUCAUUUCUAAGGAAGUCUUGGAAGGGAGCGUGUACUCUCUUCAGUCAUACAAAACAUCAGCGGAUAGCUUCAUGUGCACGCUCAUACCUGAGUCUUCGUCCUCCCACGUAGAGUUCACUCCAGGUGGUCUCAUAUAUAGGCCUGAUGGAAGCAACCUACAACAUGCAACUGCCAUAUCUUUUCUCUUGCUCGUUUAUGCCAAUUAUAUAGAAAGGUCGUCUCAGACUAUAAAUUGCAGUAGCAUUACUGUUAGUCCGACAAUGCUCCGCGAAAUAGCCAAGAGACAAGUUGAUUACAUUCUUGGCGAUAAUCCUAAAGGAUUGUCCUACAUGGUUGGGUAUAGUAAUUACUACCCACAAAGGAUACAUCAUCGCGGUUCGUCACUUCCUUCCAUCAGAGAUCAUCCCGAAUUCAUAGGGUGCAAGGAAGGUUCGAUUUACUUUAACACAUCGAACCCUAAUCCGAAUGUAAUAGUCGGGGCCGUGGUGGGUGGACCUGGAGAAGACGAUGCUUAUGAGGAUGAUCGAGUUGAUUUUCGAAAGUCUGAGCCUACAACUUAUAUCAAUGCACCAUUUGUUGGUGUACUUGCAUAUUUUGUGGGCACUCCUAACUUUAAAUAG